AUGGUUGCUACAACACAAGAGAAGGAGAAGACAAAGGAAGAGAAGACGGCGAAGGACAAGGACGACAAGAAGAAGACUGGCAAAGAUGAUAAGAAAGAUGAGAUGAGUGAAGAGGAUAAGAAACUGGAAGAAGAUCUCAACAUGUUGGUUCAACGUUUGAGUGAAAAUGAUGCCAGUUUGUAUCAACCGUCUUUGGAGACAAUGCGGACUCUCAUUCGAGCGUCCACCACCUCGAUGACUUCUGUACCGAAACCUCUCAAAUUCAUGCGACCUCACUAUGCCAAAAUGAAGCAGAUUUUCGAGAAAAUGCAACCUGGGGAGACCAAGAAAUUGUGUGCUGACAUAAUAUCUGUAUUAGCAAUGUGUUCAGACGAAAAGAGUGAUUGCAUCAACUUCCGUAUGAAGGGUAUGCACGAGCCAAUUGGUGAUUGGGGGCACGAGUACGUUCGUCACCUUGCCAUGGAAAUGUCAGAAGAGUGGAAACAGGCAUCCGAUGGUUCUGAAAAGAGUAAAGCCAGGCGUAAUGAACUUCUUGUGUUAGCGCGAGAUAUUGUUAUGCAUAAUAUGAAGCAUAAUGCUGAGGUAGAAGCAUGCGAUUUACUGAUUGAAAUUGAGCGAUUAGAUCUCCUCAUGGAAUACGUGGUAGAUGUAGACCAUCAAAGGGUCUGUCUUUACUUGCUCAGCUGUGCUCCAUUAACGCCUGAUCCGGACAAUAUUAACCUUAUUAAAACGGCAAAGGAUAUUUACUUGAAAUAUAAUCGCUACCUCGAAGCUGUACGAUGUGCCAUUAUGUUGAACGAUCCCGUUGAGAUCAAAAACAUCUUCACGAAGACCGAUGAUUUGUUACUACAAAAACAAAUGGCAAUCCUACUUGGUCGUCAUCAGAUCUUCCUCGAUUUUGAAAACAUAGCCAAUGGCGAACAACUUGGCGAAUUGAAUUCAAACGCUCACUUGUACGAGUAUUUCCAUUCACUUGCACGGGAACUGGACAUCAUGGAGCCUAAAACGCCCGAGGGCAUCUACAAGAGCCAUUUGGAACAUAGCAGACCGUUUGGAAACACCGCAGCACCCGACUCAGCUCGAAUGAAUCUAGCUGCAGCGUUCGUAAACGGUUUUGUCAAUUGUGGAUUCGGCGUUGAUAAAAUGAUGGCCGAAAGUGAAGAUGCUAGCAAGUGGUUCUACAAAAAUAAGGAAUAUGGUAUGUUGUCUGCGGCCGCUUCUCAGGGCCUCGUUUGGCGCUGGGAUAUUGAUUCUGGGCUUGGGCAGUGUGACAAAUUCUUGUAUGUGAACGACGACUUCAUCAAGGCCGGUACUUUGCUUGCAAUAGGAAUUAUUUCAUCUGGUAUCCAAGACGCUUGCGAUCCUGCCUCUGCCCUUUUGAUUGACCACAUUCAUUCCGAGAGAGCGGUUAUACGUGUCGGAUCCGUGCUAGGAUUAGGAUUAGCUUAUGCCAACUCGAAACGUGAAACUGUGAUCAAAAACGAAGAAGGCGGUGUAAUAUUCGAGCUCAAGAAGGUUCUCACGGAUACUAAGCCAUCGGCCACCAGUGAGGUGAAAGGCUUGACUGGUUUGGCUCUGGGUUUGAUCAUGGUUGGAACAGCAGAUCAUACCGUAGCGAUGGAAAUGCUUCAAACUCUAAUGGAGCGGAAUGAAACAGAACUCAGCGAUCCGAACAUGCGUUUCUUGGCUCUUGGAAUUGCUUUAAUAUUCUUAGGUACUCAGGAAAAAAGCGAGGUGUUCGUGGAAUCCUUGAGGUCGCUACCAGAGCCAUUUGGUCCUAUGGUCUCCACUCUGGUUGAUGUAUGCGCUUAUGCUGGAACUGGUAACGUACUGAAAAUACAGAAACUGUUACACAUGUGCUCAGAGCAUUACGAAACAGAAGACAAGAAGAAAAAGAAAGAUGAUAAGUCAAAGAAGGAAGCGAAACCAGAGAAGGACAAAGAUGCAAAGCCAGAUUUGUCAUCUCAACAAGCCGUCGCUGUCAUCGGUAUCGGUCUUAUUGCGAUGGGUGAAGAUGUAGGAUCUCAGAUGGCAUUGAGAAUGUUUGGACAUCUUAUUCGAUACGGUGAGCCUGUCAUACGGCGGGCGGUCCCGUUGGCUCUAGCAUUGAUCUCAGUUUCAAAUCCGCAAUUGAAUAUACUGGAAACGUUGAGCAAGUUCUCGCACGAUGCUGACUCUGAUACGGCCCAUAAUGCCAUCUUCGCGAUGGGACUGGUUGGCGCUGGUACGAAUAAUGCUCGUCUGGUUGCCAUGCUACGAUCAUUGGCCAGUUAUCAUCACAAAGAUCAAAUUUCAUUGAUGUUAGUGCGUCUUUCGCAAGGCUUGACCCACUUGGGUAAAGGUACGAUGACAUUGAAUCCAUGGCAUUCUGAUCGGCAACUGCUCUGCCCAAGUGCAAUCGCGGCCCUUCUGACUAUUUGUUUCGCUUUCCUUGAUGCCAACAACUCGGUGUUGAAUAAUCGGCAACAUUAUCUGCUCUACACUCUGGUGCUUGCAAUGCAACCUCGAAUGCUGGUUACGUUAUGUGAAGACGACAAGAAACCGGGGCAGCUCAAACAGGUCGGAGUAACGGUACGAGUGGGUCAAGCUGUCGAUGUCGUAGCACAAGCGGGUAAACCAAAGACAAUCACUGGCUUCCAAACUCAUACGACGCCGGUUCUUCUGGCCUAUGGCGAACGUGCUGAAUUAGCCAAUGAAGAGUACAUAGCAAUGACGCCAUAUUUGGAAGGUUUGGUGAUAUUAAAGAAGAAUCCUGACUAUGACAUGCCAGUAGCUGUGAAGAAGUAG